AUCUCCAGCUGUGGUAUUUUCCCCCUCAGCCAUCUCUCAUUUACCACCAGCUCCCAACAUCAGCCAGGUUUUUUGCUCACCCCUUACUGCUGUGGAUGCCGUACAGGCUGUGGAAGGUUCGGUUCCUUUGCACUGACCCUGCCUGUAAGCACACUCUGAGCAGUGGUGGUCUUCACAGGCGGGUCCGGCAGGUGCUUGAUAUUGACCGUUUUUACAACCUGGUCACAGAGACACUAAUAUGCUCAAAGUGCCGUCGGAGCUACCUGUCUUGGAAUAGGGAAAUUCUUGAGCAGCUGGACAUGGCCCAUCGCUCUGAGUUUAGAGUCAUCCUUACCCGCCGAUAUGCCUGUGACAUCAGGGUGAUACGCCUCUUGCGGGAACGAGGUCUGGGGAAUGGACCGGUCCGACUCAUUGGCCAGUUGAAAGAGAACCACAGUGAGGAGUGGCUGAAAAGGGUUGCGUGUUACACCCGAGCGUGUGCUGGCUUCAUCAGCAAAGGUUGCCUGUUGACACCGACCUUUGAAGAGCCUCCUAAACCUGUGGCCCUUCCUAGCUAUAAGUGGCUUUCAGUAGUGUACAGCCAAGAUAUACUUUACAGGUUGGAGGAUAUCAAGGCUAGUAUCACCUCCACUUAUGGCUCCAUCUUAAAACUUGAUUCAACCAGGAAGAUCACAAAGAAACUCUCAGGACCAGCAAAGGGCACUGCACAAUGGCUGACUUCAGUUGGCAAUGAGAUGGGUCAAGUUCUCAUCAGCGUCUUGACCGCUGGGGAGGGACCAGGUUUAGACCUGAUGGCUGGUGGCUUGGUUGACAGGUAUGAGGCUGCAGGAGUGGACCCCCCUGUUGCACUCUAUGUGGACUGUGGCUGCUGCAAGGAAGUGGGUGAGACCAAGUUAAAGGCCAGAUUCAGUGGAUGGCCCUAA